AUGGUGCGUCAGCUGCACGACGGUAUGAUGGCGCGAGUCACGGACAACGGAGCUGUCUCAGAGGCAUUCGCAGUGACCAAUGGAGUGAAGCAGGCAUGCGUACAGGCGCCUACCCUCUUCAGUCUUAUGUUCUCUGUCAUGCUGAUGGACGCCUACCGUGACGAACGCCCCGGGAUCCGCAUCGCCUACAGGACGGACGGUCACCUCCUGAAUCAACGGCAGAUGCACUUCCAAUCGCGCGUAUCCACAACCACCGUUCACAAACUCCUCUUCGCCGACGACUGCGCCAUAAACACCCCCUCGGAAGAGGAGAUGCAACGGAGCAUGGACCUGUUAUCCGCCGCCUGCGAGAACUUCGGUCUGGUCAUUAACACGCAGAAGACGGUGGUGAUGCACCAACCGCCACCCAACUCAGCCACAGCUCGCAACGCGCCGCCGCAAAUCAGCGUGAAUGGGACCCAAAUGCAAGUGGUGGAGAACUUCCCGUACUUGGGCAGUACUCUCUCCCGCAACACCAAUAUCGACGACGAAGUCGCCAACAGGAUCUCGAAAGCCAGUCAAGCCUUCGGUCGCCUCCAAAGCACAGUUUUGAAUGGCCACGGUCUUCAGCUGAGCACGAAGCUGUAG